GAGGAAGAAGGCGUUCGCGAGCCGCGGGAGCCGCCGCCAUUUUGUGCGUGCGUUUGUGAGGCGAAGCGGGUGGGCUGAGAGAAAAAUAGACGGAGGAAAGCGGCUUGGCGGAGGAAAACGGCGGCGGCCUGCGAAGCUUCCCGCUUGACGAGGACGCGGCGGCGCGGAGGAUGAGCCAGAAGAGGCCGGCAAGGGAGUAGCAGCGGGCACCGGCGACAUCGACAGCCGUAGGGGCGGGAGAGAGGCGCUUAGUGUGUGAGAGAGGGGGGGAGAAAAAGCAAAGAGAGAGUGAGGGGGUCGGCCUGUGUUCCCCCCUUCCUUUUUCUCUUCUCCGGAGGGGCUCGGCCGUCCGUUCCCCCCGCGCGGCCUCUGGCGUGUGGGGGACGAGAGAAUAAUGUCGGGCGGCGGCGGCUCCAGUAGCAGCAGCUCCAGCAGCAGCUCCAGCGCGGCCUCGGAGGGGCCCGUGGGCGGCGGCGGCGGCGGCAGCAGCGGGGAAGACGCCUGCCGCGACUACCAGUCUUCGCUCGAGGACCUGACCUUCAACAGCAAGCCGCACAUCAACAUGCUGACCAUCCUGGCCGAGGAGAACGUGCAACACGCCAAGGACAUCGUCUCGCUGAUCGAGGCGCAAGUCGCCAAGGCUCCUUCUAAUGAGAAACUUCCUGUUAUGUACCUUAUGGACUCCAUUGUCAAGAAUGUUGGGAGAGAAUAUCUUGCUGCGUUUACUAAAAACCUAGUUGCAACAUUUGUUAAUGUGUUUGAAAAGGUGGAUGAAAAUACUAGGAAAAGUUUAUUUAAAUUGCGUUCCACGUGGGAUGAAAUUUUCCCUUUGAAGAAACUCUAUGCCCUUGAUGUCCGGGUGAAUUCAGUAGACCCUGCUUGGCCAAUUAAACCGCUACCCCCUAAUGUGAAUACUUCUAGCAUCCAUGUGAAUCCUAAGUUUUUAAAUAAAUCGCCUGAGGAACCACCUGCACCUAGCCCUGCAGUCUGUCCUCCUCCUGUGUCCUGUUCUGCUGUGUCCUCUACUCCAGUUGUUCCUGAAAUACAAAAGAAUUUGACUCAAGAGCAGCUAAUAAGACAACAGCUACUAGCAAAACAAAAACAGUUGUUAGAACUUCAACAGAAAAAAUUAGAACUGGAACUAGAGCAGACUAAAGCACAGCUGGCGGUUUCUCUUAGUGGUCAGCAAAGUGGAUCCAGCUUGAGUCAAGCAUCUGUGAAGCCACAUGUUCCACAACCAUCUCACAUGCCAGUUAAAGCUCCUCAUCAAGUUUGUCUGCCACCUGAAAAAAGCCGUCUCUCUCCACUCCAUGAUGUCAAAACGGCCAACAGAGAUCCUCGUCUUAAUAGAACAAGUCAACAUUCUUCCCAUUCUAAAGAUCAAAGUCAUAGGAAAGAUUUUACAGUUAGUCCAGUCAAUCAGGCUGAUCCAAAGGUCAGCAAAACACUACAGGCUGAAAAACAAAGUACAUCAAAGCAAGAAAGACAAAAACAGAAUGAGAAAUCUCAAAAGAAAGAGUUUGAUCAAUUUGAUUCAAAAUUGAAGUCUCCAUCUCCCUUGCAGAACAAGCUGCUUCAUGCUAAAGAUACUAGAAACCAAGAAAGUGAGAACACCAGGGUAUCUGAAAUAAGCAAGAGAGAUCCAAGAUUGAAAAAACAUCUUCUAGAGAAGCCAGAUGGUAAAGAUGAUGAUCUGAAAGAAAAGAGGAGAUGUAUGGAGAGAAAAGACAAAGAAGAGCAUAGACCAGUCAGUGGUAGAACCAAAAUAAUUAAUGGCAUUGUCCAAAAGCAAGAUCCCAAUACUGAAGAGUCAGAGAAACAGGUUGGAAAGCUAGGAAGGUCGGGUACCAGGAAAAGGUCACGUUCCCCUAGAUCUCGGUCACCAUCUUCCCAUUCUCCAAAACGAAGAGACAGGAGGUCACCCAAAAGACGGCUCAGAAGUCUCUCUCCUGGACCUAAAACUGCAAAGUCUCGUGUGUCGGGACCAAAGCAAUCCCACGCAGAGGACUUUGGGCAGGGAAUACGGGAAGAAAGGAGCUCUAACAAAAGGAAGCAGGAAGUGAGAGAUUCAAGGAGGCCGAAGAAAACUCAUGAAGACCGACCGCAGGAAGGAAUGAACUUGCAUUCUUCAAAAGCAAACUCGGAACCUAAGGAGAAUGUGGAGAACUGGUCAAGUUCCAAGUCAAAUAAAAGGUGGAAAUCUGGUUGGCAAGAAAAUAAAAACCCCCAGCCAACUGAAGAACACCAAGGACUUUCUAAAUCACCUCAUCAGAGGCACAGGGACACCUGGGCAACCAGUAGUAAAGGAGUUACAUCACCUCGCACACCAAAGCAGCAACAUAGAUUAAGUGUGGAUGCGAAUUUGCAGAUUCCGAAAGAACUGGACUUGGCGAACAAGAGAGAGUUACUUAAGAAGGCUAAUGAACAACUGUCAUCUGGAGAAAUAACACAAGAUGAGUUUCUUGUUCUGUGCCAUCAGAUUCGCCAAAUUAUCCAGUAUCAGGAAGGAAAACACAGGUGCAAUGUUUGGGAUAGUCCCACAGGUGAAAAGGGAAUUUCGAAAAAGAAGCCCCUGUUGUCUGAUGCGGAUUUAAUAUAUCAUGAACAUAAAGCUAAGCUAAAAAGAACGCAAGUUCAGCAUUCGUUUCCGAGACUCAACAUGAUGGAUCCUGAAGAUAUUUUACUCGAGAGACACUUGAAUGAGACAUUUCUUUCUGGAAUGGAUUGCGAACAAACAAAAAGCAAAUCGGGGAGUCAGUUCAGUGAAAGAUCAAGGCGGCAUUCCCCUGUUGGUAGUAACAGACCAUAUUCUGAAAAUUCACCUCAUGACAGCCGGAGAAGACACGAUGAGUCCAGCUCCUCCAAAGGUAUUCGAGAUGAGCGGAGGUCUCCGUUCAAUGAACAUUAUAAGAGAGCAAGAUACGAAGAACCAGAGAAACAAUUUACUGAGAAUACAGGAUCACGAUUUGGGGUUUCGGAUGGGAAGCAAAGAUUUAGUUCACUGAUGGAGGAAAGAUCUCAUUUUGAGGGCUCCCCUAGACAUCCUGGAACAAGGGCAAGUGGAGAUGGACAAGGAACUCACUUUGAAGGGCUGGCUAAUGCAAGUUCUAGAAUUGAAGGACCACAACCACAGACUACUUUAAGGUUUGAGGGGUCCCUAGGCCAGCCAGCAUCUCAGUUUGAAGGGCCCCCAGGACAAUCUGGAGGAAAAAGUUCUCUGUUCGAUGGACCAGCACAGAUGGGUGGUGGUCCCUUGAGAUUUGAAGGGCCCUCAGGGCAAGUUGGUGCAGGGACUGCUAUACGGUUUGAGAAUCCUAUGGGACAGCCAGGGGGAGCAUUGAGAUUUGAGGGGCCCGCAGGCCAGUCAAUGAGUGGUAUAAGAUUUGAAGGGAACCAUGGUCAGCCCUCAGGUGGGAUAAGGUUUGAAGGACCUCAUGGUCAGCCAUCUGCUGGGAUUAGGUUUGAGGGACCACAUGGUCAGUCAUCUGGGAUCAGGUUCGAGGGGCCACACGAUCAGCCUUCAGGUACUAUGAGGUUUGAUGGCCAGCCUUCUGGUGGAAUGAGGUUUGAAGGUCCACAUGGCCAACCUUCAAGUGGGAUAAGGUUUGAAGGGCCUCAUGACCGUCCUGUGGGGCCUCAUGGUCCCCCAGGAGGUGGAAUGAGGUUUGAAGGCCCCCAUGGCCAACCUAUGGGGCCUCAUGGUCAGCCAGCGGCUGGCAUGCGAUUUGAAGGACCUCAUAUGCAGCCGAUGGGACCUCUUGGCCAGCCAGGAGGCAAUUUGCGCUUUGAAGGUCCACAUGGACAGCCUAUGGGUCCGCAUGGGCAGCCAGCAAGAUUUGAAGGUCCUCAUGGACAGCCUAUGGGGCCACAUGGGCAGCCUUUAGGGCCACAUGGUCAACCAGGUGUUGGUCCCAGAUUUGAGGGGCCUCAUGGUCAGUCUGGGAUUGGUCCCAGGUUUGACGGGCCUUCAGGCCAGGCUGGAGGUGGACUUAGGUUUGAAGGACCUAUUAACCAAACAGGGCCAAGGUUUGAUGGCUGUCAUUCAAGAUUUGAUGGUCAACCUGGUCAGCCAUCACUUAUGCAAAGAAUGGAUGGAUUACAUGUGCAACCUGGUCCAAGGUUUGAAAUGGGCCCUGCUCAGCAGACACAACCUCGGUUUGAUGGUCCUCCGGGUCAGCAGAUACCCCCAAGAUUUGAUGCACCAAUACCUCAACGGUUUGAAGAUCCUAAACACCAGCAGGCAACACGAUUUGAUAUUCCUCUUGGUCAUCAAGGUCAAAGAAUGGAAAAUGUAGCUAAUCAUCCUGCCUCAAGACUUGAAACACCACCUUAUGGACAAACUGGCCCUUACAAUGAACCUCCCAAUCAGCCACCCUAUAAUGCGCCAUCACAAGGAAUGCAAUUCCAGAGAACUGAGCAAAUAUUUGAUAACCCGCAAGGACCAAACUUCAAUGGGCCACCUGGUUCUGGAGCACAGAACUUUCCUAACACUAUUAACAGGGCACCUGGACCUUACUAUGAUGACAAGAAUCUUCAGUAUGGAAACUUCAGUGGUAUGACGGGAAAUGUUCAGCAGCCUCAGCAGGUUCCUGUUAUGUCGGUAGCAUCUACUCAACCUGUACCUUACAAUCCAGGGCAGCCUCUCUUAGCAGCUCAUGCACAAAAUCCUGGAAGCUUUGUCCAAAAUCAACCAGGUCAGUAUUUAAAGGGGAACGCUCCACUUUCCUAUCCUGAUAAUCAUCUUGGACAACUUGAUGUAAAUGAAUUAUUCUCAAAACUACUUUCUACAGGGAUUCUCAAAGUUUUACAGACUGAUUCAACUUCAGCUCAAGUCAGUGAAGUUUCUGCCCAACCAGCUCCAGAGGAGGAUGAGGAGGAUCAAGACCAGACUGAGGAUCAAGAUGUCCCAGACCUAACUAACUUCGUUAUAGAAGAACUAAAACAGCGAUACGAUAGCAUUAUAAACCGGCUCUAUACUGGCAUUCAGUGUUACUCUUGUGGAAUGAGGUUCACAACUUCACAGACAGAUGUAUAUGCAGACCAUUUGGAUUGGCACUAUCGUCAGAACCGCACGGAAAAGGACGUCAGCCGGAAAGUCACUCACCGAAGAUGGUACUACAGCUUAACGGACUGGAUAGAGUUCGAAGAAAUAGCUGAUUUAGAGGAACGUGCAAAGAGCCAGUUCUUUGAGAAAGUGCAUGAAGAAGUUGUGUUGAAAACACAAGAAGCUGCUAAGGAGAAGGAGUUUCAGAGUGUCCCUGCUGGCCCAGCUGGAGCAGAUGAGAGCUGUGAAAUCUGCCAGGAGCAAUUUGAGCAAUAUUGGGAUGAGGAAGAGGAGGAGUGGCACCUAAAAAAUGCCAUUCGAGUAGACGAGAAGAUAUACCAUCCGUCAUGCUACGAAGAUUAUCAAAAUACCUCGUCAUUUGAUUCAACGCCAUCUCCUAGCAAGACACCUGUAGAGAACCCGCUAAAUAUUAUGUUGAAUAUUGUUAAGCAAGAAGUACAGGACUCCUGUAACAGUCCCAAGGUAAAAGAAGAGCCUGAGGAUACGCCUGCUGAUGAUUGUAUGGAGGGGAGCUCACCCACAUUGGCCGAAAUUAAAACAGAGCCUGAAAAGGUUGAGUCAGUUUAAACUAAUUUUUUUCUAUUCCAGGGAAGAGCUGCUGUGUUCUAGCUGACUCUAGAAGGCAAAUAAUUUUUAUAUGAAUAAAGUGUUCAAUUGGGGCAGGGCCCCAGCUGCUUAUUUGGUUAAUAAAUACAUUUUUGUAUUUGAAUUUCUUAUUGCCUGCACAGUGUCAGGUGUCUAUUGUGUGGAAGUUCUGUAGAAGGCAUACAAAAUUUAACAGGAAUAGACUGUAUAUGUAAGGAAAAUUGUAUGAUUUUUUCAUUUGUGGAAAUGUAAAUUAUAAAUAAAAGAUAUUUUUGCUAUCUAUGGAGUGUAAUGUUUAUGCACACCAUCCAAUAAUAAUAAAAGUAUUUCGGUUUCGAACGUGUUUUAGAUGGAAUCGAACUUAGGCUUCAGUGUAAGCCUUGUGCUUAAUUAAAUUGACUUUUCAGUGGAAAUUGGAGAUGUGUUUUCUUCUUUCUUUUUUCUUGGUGUUGGAAGAAAGUUUGUUAAGGAGAAAACUGCUGUUCCAGAGGAUGUUCCUGCAAACAUUGGAUUGCUUUUCUUAACCUGCAUUCACAUCCAUAUGUUUAAAAUGAAAGCUUAGGAAGGAUACAUAACAAAAUAACGUUCUUGACUUCGGACACGUGCCAAGAUUUCACAGCAAAACCCAGGGUCAGCUUGGGAGCAAAAACAGAUUCAGAUUUUCCUAAUUUUUUCAAGUCAUCAAAUAUACAAGUGCGCAGUACAAACCAAACCAAUUUUCUAUGGAUUUUACAGAGGAAAAAAAAAUUAAUGUACGAUUGCUCGGUUGCAACAUGGUUAACAUUUUUUGUUGGUUUAUAACUUGGGUCUAGAUAGUAAAGAAUUGCCAUGAGAUGUUAAUAUUUAUUUCGUGUAAUAAAUUAGAAUGAAGCAUA